AUGAAGCUCAAAGAUUUUUUCUUACUUGGGGCUCGCGUUCCAACAGCUUGUUGGUGUAACAGCCCAGUGAUGAUCCCGGGAGAGUCUUUAAGCGGACUUGAAAUGAACUGUUUUGAUGGAGUAGAGAAUGGAAGACUGAAGGACGAAAGGCAGUUGCGCAGAGUAGGUACAGAUACCUAUGAAUACCUAUCGGUCCCUGUUUAUAUCAUGCCGGUCACUAAUAUUAUGAUGGUGAUGCUGUGUUGUUGCUGCUGCUACUGCCUGUUGAGGCUGAUGGGUAGUGCCGGAUCAAUCGGUGCACUGGUAAAGUAG